AUGGAUAAACCGCAGAUCGGGAUAUCGCCGAUCUGGUGGGAAGGGAAUCCGUGCAACGCGCAUCUGCUCGAUCUCGCUAGGGCCGUGCAGCAGGGCUGCAAGGAGGAAGGCAUGGUCGGCCUCACGUUCAGCACCAUCGGCGUCAGCGACGGCAUCACGAUGGGAACCGACGGUCAGCUGCCGAGUCGCGACCUGAUCGCGGACUCUAUAGAAUCGGCCCAGCACUACGACGCUAAUAUCUCCAUCCCCGGCUGCGACAAAAAUAUGCCCGGGUGCGCGAUAGCCGCCGUCCGGCACAACCGCCCCACCAUCCUCGUGUACGGCGGGACGAUCCAGCCCGGCAUCCGCCACCAAGACUGCCCCGCCCUGGGCUACAAGAAGGGCGACACGGUGAACAUCUCCGACGCGUUCGAGUCGUUCGGCGCGUUCACCGUGGGCAAGAUCGACGACGAACAGCGGUUCGACGUCGUCCGCCACGCAUGUCCCGGGCCAGGGGCUUGCAGCGGCAUGUAUACAGCAAACACGAUGAGCUCUGCGCUCGAAGUCCUGGGGCUUUCGUUGCCGUUCUCUUCGAGCACGCCCGCUACGUAUGCCGAAAAGACGAAGGAAUGCGUGCGGGCGGCGUCGCAUCUGAAAAGGCUGCUCGAGUUGGACUUGAAGCCGAGGGACAUCCUCACACGUGAAUCAUUCCUGAACGCCAUCACGAUCGUCCAUAUCCUCGGCGGCUCCACGAACGCCCUGCAGGUCCUCCACCUCCUCGCCAUGGCGCGUGCUGCCUACAUUCCCCUCACCAUCGAUGACUUUCAAGACGUCGCCUACCGCACGCCCUACCUUGCCGACCUCAAGCCCUCCGGUAAAUACUACAUGGAAGACAUCCACCGCAUCGGCGGGCUGCCGGCGCUGCUCAAGUACCUCCUCAAUCACACGACGCUGCUCAACGGCAACCAGCUGACGGUCACGGGGCGCACGCUCGCCGAGAACCUCGCGGACGUGCCCGAGCUCGCGUUCGAGGCGCAGGACGUCGUGCGCCGGCUUGAGGACCCCAUCAAGGCGACAGGCCACAUCACGAUCCUGCGCGGAAACCUCGCGCCCGGGUCGGCGGUCGCGAAGCUGACGGGGAAGGAGGGCGCGCGGUUCGAGGGCGUGGCCAAGUGCUUCGACAAUCUGGACGGAUUUUACCCAGCGCUGGCCGCCGGCGAGAUCAAGCCUGGCACGGUGCUCAUAUUCCGGUACCAAGGCCCAAAGGGCGCUCCCGGGAUGCCAGAGAUGCUAGGACCGACGGGCGCGCUCAUGGGCGCGGGGCUGGGCAACUCGACUGCCCUGAUCACGGACGGGCGAUUCUCCGGCGCGUCGCGAGGGUUCAUCAUCGGCCACGUCGUGCCCGAGGCGCGCCUCGGCGGGCCGAUCGCGCUCGUGGAGGACGGGGACAAGAUCACGAUCGACUCGGCGAGCCGGACGAUCACGUGGGGCGUCGAUGUGGUGGAGGAGGCGCGGCGGCGGGCGGCGUGGGAGCGCACGGAUAGGGGCGAGCUGACGGUGAAGAGGGGGGUGCUGUACAGGUACGCGCGGGACGUGACGCCGGCGAACGUGGGCGCGUAUUGCGAUUGAGGGGCGUCACUAUGAUGGAGAGGAUGCGAGGACGCGAUGGGGGGAAGCUCACCUGCGGUGCUGAUCACGGCGCAGUCAAUGGAUCGCACUCAUCUGGUACACAUGUGUAUGAUAUAUAUCGCGUAGUCGUGUAUAAGAUUCCUGAAGAUAGGUUUUACGAGGCCUCACACCCCUGAUUUACAGUCCGAACGAUAGAAAACCCAACGCGCCACCGUGACACUGUCCUGACGUACACGCGUGAGAGGUGUAGUAUACAACAUUGCACAUACACGACCUGCCAACCUACGAGUCCGGGUCCGACACGACUUGAACGACUUUACGCGCCCCGUGCGCCCCGUCAACACCAUCAGGUCGAGGAAGCGAAAGCGCGAAACGCACCUCGCGCAGAAUGCCUGCUCCCUGUGUGCUUCUCCUCUCCAGCGAUGGCCCCCUCGUCGAUCGCAACACCAUCGCCCUCCGCCUGUGGCCUCGCAUCGUGGCCGUGGCCGUGGCCAUGGCCAUGUCUAUGUCCGUUCACCGUCGGCUCGCCCACCACGACCUCGCCGGGGCGGCGGAGCCCCGCGAGGACGGCGGGGUCCGGGGGGAUGAUGUAGGUCGACUUUGGGCGGACAGGAGCGCGCUCGUCGUCUUCGUCGUCGUCGUCGCGCGUGGGGACGGGAGCGAGCCCCGCGCGGAUGCGGCGCCUACGUCUGCAGCGCUUGCGGAGCCAGAGGAAGAGGAGGACGAGCCAGGCGAGGAGGAGGCAUCCGGCUGUGGUGACGCCGGCGAUGAUCGGGGUCUUUGCCUUGUGUCCUUUGAGAGAGGCGGAUUCGGAGGGGUUCACGGCGAGGAGGGGAUGGGUCGGGGCGGUGGCGGAGGAUGGAGAUGUCUGCGGGUCUGUCAUG